AUAACCUUCUUACUAUGACGCAACAAAAAAUAGUUCAAGAGAUAUUUCUUCCUUCAAUACAUGAUGGUAUUCGAUUAGAAGCAAGAUUAUCCUAUUGGAAGACCAAAGAAAAUGUACAAGAACAAGAAGAUAAAGCCGUUAUCAUAUCACAUCCUUAUGGUCCAUUAGGUGGUAAUAAUAAUAAUAAUGUAGUAGUUACAGUUGAAAAUUUCUUUCUUCGUAAAGGAUAUUUGACGCUUGCAUUUAAUUUUAGAGGAAGUGGAAAAUCAAAAGGAAGAACAAGUUGGACAGGAGAACCAGAAAAUAAUGAUUUCAGGACGAUGUUAAAUUUUUUAGCAAAUUCCGGAAAAAUAAGUGAUGAUAACAUAGUAAUAAUUCCAAAAAUAUCUGGAGUUAUAAUUAUCGGCUAUAGUUAUGGAUCAUUAAUGGCUACAUCAUUGACAUCAUCACCAACGCAGUAUCCAUUUACAACAUCAUUUGUUUUAAUAUCUUUACCACUAUCUGUAAUAUGGUUUCUUACGUUCUUUCGUUCGUCAGCUUAUCAAACUAAUUUACAAAAUUUACUUUCAUCUUCUUCAACUAGAGUAUUAUUUAUAUUUGGUGAUAGUGAUCAAUUCACAAGAGCGAGUAAAUAUAAACAAUGGAUUAAAGAUAAUAAUGUAUUGGGGAAUGAAAGAUGGAAUGUUGUGGAGUUGAAAGGUGUGGAUCAUUUUUUUGUUUAUCAACAAAUGGAAGAUGUUUUAAUUGAUGUUAUUCAGAAAUGGCUACAAGUUGAUAGCACAAGUGGAAGUGAGAAUUAGUAAUAUAUUAAUUAAUUUAAUAUUUAUGCUGAUUAAUUAGAUAAAAUUUAUAUUUAAUACAAACUAUAUUAACUAAAUAAAGAGAAUGUAAACAUAUUUUUAAAUACUUUAAAAAUUUAUACAUAAUAAAAUAUUGUAUACUUUUGCA